CCAAUCUACAACCGACAAAAUGACUCUGGAGAACAUUCCACAAGGCCAGGCCGUGACGGUAAGCCUUCAGGAGUUGAUCGACGGAACGAUAACCUUCCCAACCCUAGUGGAAGCCUUCGGCCCCUCCUCACUGGGCAUAAUAAUUGUCAAAGACCUCCCCGCACACUUCGCAGAACUCCGCGCCCAAGUCCUCUCGAACGCAUCCUACCUCGCCGCCCUCCCGCAAGAAGAACUAGAAACCCUAACUUCCUCAGCCGCAAAAUACCUAGUGGGGUGGUCGCACGGCAAAGAAACGCUGCGGCCCGGAGUCUACGACACGCACAAGGGAAGCUACUACGUAAACUGCGCGUUCCACGUCUCGCCGGAACUGCAAGGCGCACCGGCCGAAAAGCAUGCCGAUCUAGCCGAAUACACGGCCCCGAACAUCUGGCCAUCCCCCGAAAGCCUCCCGAGCUUCGAGCCGAGCGUGCGCGCGCUCUGCAGUUUGAUCAUCGAUACGGCGGCGUUGGUGGCGCGCGCGUGCGACCGAUUCGCGGCGGAGAAUGUCGAGGGGUAUGUGUCGGGGUAUUUGGAGAGGGUGGUUAGGGGUAGUUUGACGAGUAAGGCGCGGUUGUUGCAUUAUUUUCCUACUUCCGGGUCUGAAGCAGAACCUGAAGGGGAGGAUGAUGAUGAUUGGUGCGCGACGCAUCUUGAUCAUAGCUGUUUGACUGGGUUGACGUCGGCGAUGUUUGUCGAUGAGGAGGACGGUCAGGGUUUGAAGGCAGAUGGUAACAAGACGUUGGAGGAAUUAAAGGCUUCGCCUGAUCCGACUGCUGGGUUGUAUAUCAAGUCGCGCACUGGUCAGAUUGUCAAGGUUAAUAUCCCUAAGGAUUGUCUUGCGUUUCAGACGGGUGAGGCCCUGCAGUUGAUUACUCGGGGUCAGUUUCGCGCGGUGCCGCAUUUUGUGAAGGGCGCCAGAAAAGGGUUGGAGGGUCGCCGGAUUGCGAGGAAUACGUUGGCUGUGUUUACGCAGCCGAAUCUCGAUGAGGAGGUGCAGCCUGGUGUUACGUUUGCGGAUUUUGCACGCGGGGUGGUCGCGAAGACUCAACCUACUCUUUAGUCUUGUGGUCUAACUUGGAAAGGAAUUGAGUG